AUGGAAACUUUGGAAGCGGGAGAUAGGAAUAGAAGAAGAAAAUCAGGCUCUAAUGGAAGCACUAAUUCAAAUGAUACAUUAAAUAGGCAAAACCAAAAUUUACAAAUGGCUAGAAUCGAGAAUUCAGCCUCAGUUUUAACUAUUUUAUUAACACGUACUCAACGUGUUCUUAUUGAAAACAGCUGGAAAAGGGCUAAAAAAGGAGCUGCUGAUGGUGGUGUGGGUUCACGAGUUUUUCACACUGUUUUGACAGCACAGCCAGAUAUUAAAUUACUUUUUGGGUUGGAAAAAAUUCGAAUACCGCUUGAAUGGCAUUGGGACAUGAGGCUUCCUAGUGGUUCAGAUCCGUUUCACUCCUUACAUUCCUAUCAAAAAUUUUUCCGGAUAUACCCAUGUAUGUUUACCUACAACCACUUUAGAGGCUUCUCUUUAAUUUUCUAUCAAGUACCAUUAAUCACAUCUUUCAAAGGUCGCCUUAAAUAUGAAGGACAAUUCCGAAGACAUGCAAGUGUUCUCACUCGUGCAUUAGAAUAUAUCGUCAAAAACGUGCAAUAUACAGACAAAUUAGGCAUUCAUUUCCAGGCAUUAGGCAAAAAACAUUGCCAGAUGAACGGAGGAAGAGCUUUUCCUACACAUUAUUGGGAUACAUUUCUCGAGUGUAUUAUACAAAGUCUUCUGGAAUGUGAUGGCACUAGUGGGGGAAGGAAGCAUCGAUGUAGAGAGACUGCUAUGGCUUGGAGAAAUUUGAUUUCCUUCAUAGUUCAACAAAUGAGAAGAGGAUUUGAAGAUGAACGUUUACUGCGCAAACGCUUCUCUGCUUCCUUAAUGGGAAUUCGUGGUAUUAAGGGUAAUUGUAUUAAAUCUAGUGGGAAUUCAAGCGAACGAAGCCUAAAAUCGUCAGGCAAGAUUGAAAAUUUUUUUCAGAUAAUUUUUUCCGCUUUUCUAGGACGUCCUUUAGUUUCUAAAAUAAAUCAUAAUGUUUUACAUCAAUCUUUUGGUUCUCUUGAUGAUUAUCCCUUUCCUUUCUCUUCAAACAAUUUUAACGAUAAUCCAGGUGAAAUUACUUUUGGACCUAUCUUUUAUAAAAAUUCUCAAUUUUCUUCUCUAAGAUUUAUCUUCUUCAAAUAA